AUGGUGCAUUUUAAGUUGUUCAGCGUGACGCUCCUGGCCGCGUUGGCUAACUGCGAGCCGCCUGUGACGGGGUACAAUUACCAACCCAACAGGAACUACCAGGGAUACCAACCCAGCAAUAACUACCUGCCUCCCACCACAGGAUACAGUCCCCCCACUAAUAACUACUUACCGCCGAGUUCGUUUGGCUCCCAAGGAGGAUCUUUUGGCCCCAAUCAUGGCGGCUCGUUUGGAUCUAAUCACGGCUUCGGCUCCGGCGAUCAGGGCUCGUAUGACCACGGUCAGAGUCAUGGUGGGCAUGGACACGAUAAUGAAGAGCCGAAGUCCUACGAGUUCGGGUAUUCGGUGAAGGACGCUCAAUCCGGGAACGACUACGACCGCCGGGAGAGCUCGGACGGGAACGUCGUGCGAGGGGAAUACCGCGUGCAGCUGCCGGACGGACGCACCCAGAUCGUGACAUAUCACGCUGAUUGGCGCACCGGUUUCCACGCGGACGUUCGCUACGAGGGGGAGGCAAGAUAUCCUGAGCCAAGUCAGCAAGGAGGUUACAAUUAUAACGCGCCCGCAGAUUUCAGCGGUUCCCUGACCGGCUUUGGCAACGGAUACAAGCAACCUUCUACGCAAUACGGCCCCCCUGGGUACCAUUGACAACUGACAAGUUCGCGCCAUAGAUUAAAAAGAUUAAGAAGUUAAGAUUUCAUUAAAAUUAUGUACAAGGCCUAAGAUCUAAUAGGUAUUUGAAGAAUGCCAUUCGACCAACUUCAAAUCUCAUACGUAUUAUUUUAUUUUCCACUUUAGAUGAUGACUAUUAGAUGCAACUAUGUAAAGAGUAGAAAUUGUAUUUUAAAAUAACAUUUGAAAGGUUUUCAUCGUGAUAAUCUUUAUAUCCACACUAUUAAUAAAAUGAAAAGAUUAGUAUUUUUGGAUGUCUAAAACUUAAAACUACUAGACUGAUUUUUACGAAAUUUGGCACAGAUAUAGAAACUCUCAGAAGUGAGUACCUACUUUUUUCUGGAAUUUACCAUAGGAGCAAAGCCCUGCGCUAAUGCUAGUGAUGAAUAUAGCUGGGAGCUAUACUUUCAAAGUAAUGCCUUAAAAAUAUUGAAAAACAAAGAAAAAACUUGAAAAACAAAGAAAAAAAGUUAAAACAAGGAAGAUAUUAUACUUAGAUGGUUAUCUGUACUUUACACUUUAAAAUAUGUUGAAAUAGUUUCAUAACUAUCCUAUUUUUUUUUGGUUGGUUAAUUAAUGGACAUUUAAUUACAUCAAGAUAAAAAAUAAGUCACUCAGCAUUUUUAUAAAUAGAAAGUUAUAUACUUAGCUAUUACACGUGGUGAAACUAUUUUAGUGAAAGUUUAGUAUGGUAGUACCUCUAACAAUAUCACUGUUGUAAGUUAUUGAAAUGAUAUUGGUCCCGACACAAUACAGGCAGAGGGGAGGUUUCUUCAAAUGUUGUAAAUUCCGUCCCAAAGUUACCAUUAGCUUAAUAAUUUAGAUGUAUUAUUGUAUAAAAUCAGCCGUGGAGUUAAAAACUCAAUUAUUACUAUUUUGUAUCUGUAAAUAUUAACUGUCGAAAAUCUUUAGGAUAUAGAACAUUCUUUUAUUAAACUGUCUAUAAU